CAGUUUUAUACUAAAGCGCCAUUAGAAUGGAAGUUAUACGAUUGAUUAUAGUAUUUAGUCUCACACCAGCACUCACCUUAGGCUUUAUAAUAACGAAUUUGAUUGAUUAUACCGAUUUUAAAGAAGAUUGCAUCGUCCAUUAUCUAUCAAGGUAUCAUCCGAACCACAACCUUGAUAUUACUGCCUUCGUCAGUGUCGAUGAGGACAAUAAAAGUGAUGAUUUCUGUGAUAAUGAGAUUGAGAGAUUUGAGAGGGCUUUUUACAGUACAAUAGAGGAUAAUUUGAUGAGGAAUCAUGGGAAUGAAAGUCAAGACAUAUUGGAAUGUACAAUAAAUCAAUUGAGAGCUUACAAUGUCAGUGAAAUGUUCUUAAAAGCAAUCGCUUACAAUUAUUAUCCAACAAAAUUUGUCACAUUCAAUAAAGCGAUGGAAUCGUGUAAAGGAAUUAUAAAAUACAGCAAUAAUGAUAUUACAGAUGUAUGUGAUGAACGUGUAUUGGCUGUGAUUUUAACAGACGGCAAUAAAUCUUUAAACGAAUUACAAUCGUGCCUCAAUGACUUGUUCAGAGAAUUGGAACUAAAUAAAAUUGUGUUAAAUGAUGAAUUCAAUAAUAGUCCAUACAGCAUUCAAGUAAGAAGCUUUGGAAUGCAUACAAUAACAUACAUACAGCUCUUAGCAAAUAUGGCUAUCAACUUAUGUUCAACGAUUGAAAAUAUUGACAAAAUGUUCGAUUCAGCACAAUUGAAUUCCAUUGAGAAUCUUUUCAAUAUCAAAUCGGAAAUAUUUGUUGAAAAAUUUCAUGCGAUUGCCAUAAUAGAUCUCUUUGGCUUCUCAAGACCAUCAAAAAAUGUUGAACAAUGCAUAAUUGAUGAACAUCGUAGGAAAUAUUUAAGUCAACUCUGUUCGAGAUCAAAUGAAGUCUCAGCUAAUAUUGAUGAGGAAAAAUUGCAACAACAAAACCUUAAAGACUUUACUAACAUCGUUUUAAGUUGUUUGAAGUUCUUCUAAAUGUGAAUUGAUUUAUUUUUAUUUUUAUUACAAACAA